GACCUUGGUCCGGACGUGCCAUCAUGCAGCGCCGCAGGCCCGCCUCCGUACUGCUGUUGCUGCCGCUGGCACUGUUGCUGGGGUCGGCCACUGCAGCUCCCUUGGCGCAGAGGCCCUCCAAGAAAGAGCUGACCCGCUGUCUGGAAGAGGUGGUCACAGAAGUGCUGACGCUGGGCCGGGCCCAGCGAGGCCCCUGCACAGCUCUCCUCCACAAAGAGAUGUGUGAGACAGAGCCCUACGGCUGUGUGUCCACUGAGGAGAAAGGUCUGCUGGUUGGGGAUUUCAAGAAGCGAGGGGCUGGGAAGAUGAGGUCCAGCCAGGAGGUGAGGGACGAAGAAGAGGAGGAGGCAGAGGAGAAGACCCACAAGUCUGAGGUGCGGGAACAGGCCAUCCACAGCCGGCUCCACCAGGAGGAGGACCACGAGGAGGAGGAGGAAAAGAAGAAGAGGGGGCCCAUGGAGACCUUCGAGGGCUUGUGGAAGCAGCAUCUAGAGGGCGAAGGGAGUCCCCAGAAGCGGGUGGCAGAGCAGGCCAGUGACGAGGAGACAGCCCAGUUCGAGGCUGAGGAGAAGGGCGUGCAGGUGCUGGGCGGGGGCCGCAGCCUGUGGCAGGGGGCCGAGAGCAGGGCAAGAGAGAGGCAGGAGGACUCGCUGCACCACCACCACCUCCACCAGCCAGCAACUGAGCCCAAGCAGGAGGAGAAGGAAGAGACUUCGGACAGGGAGGAGCAGGAUAUGGAGCAGCUGGAGCACAUGAGAGAAGAGCUGAAGAAGGCGACAGAGAUGCUGGGGGAGGAGCUCAGGAGGGAGGGCUGACUCCUGACUCCUCCUCCUUUCCAACCCACUCUAUGGCUUAGGACUGUUGACUCCCAAAGCCUCCACCCCACCUGGCACCCCACUCCGCUCCCCAGCCUGCAGGAGUAGGGAGACGGGUGUGCCUUGGAAGCAGGCCUGAGGGGCCAAGUCUGCGCUGGGUAGGAGGGCUGGGCUCAGACUGACUCAGGAAGUACCCCACACCACCCACGUAAUCCACUCCAACCCUUCCGAGUGAAUAAAGCACAAAGAAAACCA